AUUCACAAGGGCUCUAAUUACUGCAGGAAAGCUUUUAAAAGGUAAGGUUCUUCCAAAAGAAGAGGAGAACUUCCAGAAACUCUACGUAAAGGCACCUUCAUUUCUCUCUAUUCACAUGGGAGUCAGAGAGGAGGUUUUGCCACCAGAUACAGAUUGCCAUCAUUUCAUUUUAGAGGAUGACUGGACCAAGCUGGAGGAGCCAUAUGGAAGUAUCUUUUUGAGUAUUCCGACUGUUCUUGAUCCAUCAUUGGCUCCAAAAGGGUGCCAUAUUCUUCACAUCUUUACCACGUCUUGCAUAGAGGACUGGGAGGGGCUCCCAGUAAAGGAAUAUGAAGCCAAAAAGGAGGCUGUAGCAGACAAGAUUAUCUCUAGACUGGAAAACAAACUAUUCCCAGGCUUGAAGCAAUCAAUAACAUUUAAAGAGGUAUUGUAAAUUGAAAGGGAACUGUUUAUAGUAGCUUAUGCAAUAGUUGAGUGGCUACAUAACUUGGACACACGUGUCCAUGUUUUUUUGCACCUGUCGACACACCAAGGACACUAUACAUGUGUUUGAUAUUUCAGAAAUUUAGGCACUUUUAUGUAACAUUCUUCUUAAAAACUCACUAUAAAAGUACUCAAUCCACCUAAAAUUCCACCCCCCCUCUUCCUUAAAUGCAGUAUCUAUUGUAUGUUUAUGCCACAUAAUUGAGAUGGUUUAGAGGGUUUCCAUACUUAUUUCAUUCUGUAUUUGUUGUACUGGGUAGUCAAUAGAUUCAAUACAGUCAGCAAUUUCUCCUUUAUAGGUGUUUCUGUUUCAGUAGAACUACAUUCUUUGGCAUUUGUCUUGUGUUGGGGCUUGUUUGGAUAGCCUGAUUCUUGGAAAACUAUCAGGUGUGCGACUGUCUUGAUCCUUCUGAUCAUCUGUCGAAGUGCCUAUUCUUUCACUGCAUCAGCCAUCAAAAAGAUGAGACAGAGGGAAAC